AUGACACCACCAAGUAGUUGGAACAGGAACAUAAGCACAGAGUAUGGGCUAAACCUUCUAAAACCCAGUUGUGAUAUUCCACACAAAGUUAUGGAGAAUAAUAGGGCUAAGAGCCUCUGGGACUUCCAGAUCAAAGCAGACAUGCAGGUCCUGGCCAAUGAACCAGACAUAGAGGUCAUGGAGAACAUUACAUUCAGGAAUUACCAGCUUUUCUUGGCCUUGGUACUUGCCAUCACGGAGAUCAACAAGGAUUUGGUUCUUCUCCCCAACAUCACCCUCGGCUUCCAUAUUUAUGACAAUAAAGAGACCAUUAUGAGAAUUUCCUGGAACAGCCUCUCUCUCCUAUCUACACGAAGCCGGAUGGUUCCAGAUUACAAAUGUGACAAGCAGGACAUGCUGCUCUCUGUCAUUGGAGAUCUCACCUCUCAGUACUCAAGGCAGAUGGCCUCCAUCUUCAGCAUCUUCAAGGUUCCACAGCUUCUUGCCUACUUGAAGAAUGUCCGGUUCAACAACAGUGUUGGAAAUGAAAUCUUUUUCUCAGAAGAUGGACUAGGAUCUGUUCAGUAUGAUAUUCUCAACUGGAUUUUCUUCCCCAAUCAAUCUUUUGUCCCCAUGAAAGUUGGGCAAAUAGAUUUUGGAGCUCCCCAAAGCCAGGAUUUCACCAUCAACUCCGAUGUAAUCAUCUGGGCCAAAAAGGAUCAAGGAAGCCAUUCAGUAGAUCAAUAUAUUAAGAGAUUUGGGGUGAUUCCUGAUGCAGCUCACUGUGACCCCUGUCCAGAACACCAGUAUCCCAACAAGGACAAGGACCACUGCAUUGCCAAGAUGCUCCACUUUCUCUCCUAUCAAGAGACUCUGGGAUACAUCUUAGUUUCUCUUGCUCUUUUUCUCUCUGUGACCACAUCUGCAGUCCUGGUGGUUUUCCGUAAACAUGAUGACACGCCAAUUGUCAAGGCCAACAACCGAGAUCUCACCUACACCUUCCUUGUCUCCCUCCUGCUCUGCUUCCUCUGCUCCUUCCUUUUCAUUGGGCGACCUCGGAUGCUCACCUGUCUCUUCCGACAAACAGCCUUUGCCAUUCUGUUUUCCCUUGCAGUUUCCUCUGUCUUGGCAAAAACUGUCAUGGUGGUUCUGGCCUUCAUGGCCACCAAGCCAGGAAACAGGGCAAGGAAAUUCUUAGGAAAACCACUGACCAACUCCAUUGUAUUAGGCUGUCCCCUGAUUCAGGCAAUUAUUUGUGCUAACUGGCUGAUAACCACUCCCCCAUUUCCCAAUUUUGAUUUCCACUCCUUGACUGGAGAGGCCAUCUUGGAAUGUAAUGAAGGCUCAGCUUUAAUGUUUUACACUGUCCUGGCCUACCUGGGUUUUCUGGCCCUUGUGAGUUUCACUGUGGCCUUUCUGGCUAGGAACUUGCCUGACAGCUUUAACGAAGCCAAGUUCAUUACUUUCAGCAUGCUGGUCUUCUGCAGUGUUUGGAUCACCUUCAUCCCCACUUAUCUGAGCACCAAAGGGAAGUCAAUGGUGGCCGUGGAGAUCUUCUCCAUCUUGGCAUCUGGGGCUGGUCUCUUGGCUUGCAUCUUUUUCCCCAAAUGUUAUAUUAUUCUACUGAGACCCAUUCUAAAUUGUAGAGAAAACAUAAUGAGAUCUAAGAAUCUCUGA